GAGCUUCGAUGCCUUCUUGAAAGCCUCGACAAGCUCGUCGCAAAGCGGCAUCCGGUUGAAGUGCGCCAGGAGGACCGAGAGAUUGUGGAGGAGAUUGCCAGAAAGCUCCGGACUGUUAUGCUUUGCUGCGAGAAGUGGGAAGAUCUUUUUCCCCAGCUGUCGGUGGACUUGCAACCGAACUUGAUGUACCGCAUCCAUAUCUUCAAUGGCGAAGGGGUGGAUGUGCGCCUGCACCUGUUCUUCCAAGACGCCUCGGAAACCUAUGUGCACAGCCAUAGGGCCAACUUCCAUUCGGUGUGUCUAUAUGGAAGCUACGUCAACGAAAUCUGGGAUGUCGGUGACGAUCGGCAGGGCGAAUUUGGCGAGCACUUCGAGUUCAAUCGCUCGCGGGAUGAGGCCCUCAAGAAGCCCGGGGACAGGAAGUUCGGAUCACUUUUGUGCAAGACUUGCUGGAAGCAUUCGACUGGCAGUUCGUAUUUCUUGGAUGCCACGACAUAUCACAGGACAGUUCAGGAAAGUGGCAAGGCUUUGACUUUGUACAUCAAGGGCAAAGCCAAGCCUUUUCACACCAUGGCACUGAGCAAGGAAGAGAGACCUGACUGGAAAGGGACGAACUGUUUAGAAGAGAGGGUGGAUCCCUGUGACUUCAAGCGCAUCUCCAAGGACGCGAGCGACUUGCUGAGGAACGGCAUUUGCGACAGAUUCUUUUUGCCGCUCAUAUGA